AUGUACCACCGCGGGCACGACCAACAGCGCAAAAUGUCGCGCCAAGCAUCACGACAACUCAGCCAGUCGACCAUCCCCCCCAUGUCACCUCUCGAGCAGGUAGUCGACCAGCAACACCAACAACAACAAUCACAACAAUCAUCAACACCCUCACCCCCCUCCUGCAUUCCAUCCCCAUCACCACUAUCACCAGCAGCACCACCAUGCCCAGCAACAACAGCGCUCGGCCAACGGCGGGCGGCCCGCAACCCGGCCCUAGCGCAGAAGCUCGAGCAGAUGGCGCUCCCGCUGGCGCCGCUGGUGCAGCUGACGACGGGGCAGAUCCACCCGGCGUUCCCCGCGACGCUGCUCAGCUUCUGGCUGCUUACGGACGACGAGCUCGAGUCCCUGGCCUCGUUCUACCACCAGCGCACCCCGUCCCACCUCUCGCGCUUCUACCCUUGUCCCGUCUCUUGGUCGUCCGACCUGCCCCUCGAGGAGAAGCGCAGGAAGCUCGGCAAGUUCAUCGGCCUGCGCGGCUGCGACUCCCCGACCAUCAUCCUGCCGAGGUCCGCGGAGGAGUUGAUGGACGAGGCUCGACGCAACGCCGGCGCAGAGAACGACGACGACGAGGCCCUCAGGCGGAAGUUUGGCUUCUACAGGUGA